GCCAAAGGAGCCGCCUGAGGAGGGGAGUCGGUUCUCCGGCGGCUGGAGGUGGCAGGCCAGUGCCCUCCGCUGGAAUUCCACUGGCUGAUCCUCCAUCCCCGGACGGGAGAGGGGAGCAGUUAGUGUGGGGAAUGGGCUGGGACAGCGCACUGGACAUUGAAAACCUGGUGCACAUUGCCGAAACCUUGGAGAACAUUGUGUCACCAUGCUUUGGCCCACUGGGAGGUCAGGUGCUGUUCACUAGAGCUACGGGAGACAUCCUCAUCACCAGGGAUGGGGGCACCAUCUUAGAAUCUCUCCUGCUGGAUCACCCUGCAGCCAGGUGGAUGGUGAACAGUGCUCUGUGCCACCGCCAGCAGACUGGAGACGGAGCCAAGUCCUUUCUGCUGCUGCUUGCCGCCUUGCUGCGGGCAGCCCAGACCGAGGGAGUAGGUGUGCGGCAGCAGCUGGCUCGGGGCCUGGCCCAGCUGGAGCGAGACGUGCUGCCGCGGCUACUAGCCCAGGGGCUGGGUCCACACUGCACCUCGGCCCUUGGCCCAGGACCGGCACAGCUGCAGCGGGAGGCGGUGGGCCGUGUGCUGGUGGCCUACCUGUCGGGCCGGGUGGGCGAGGCUUGGGCCCCCCUCCUCGCCAACCUAGCCUGCGACCUGCUGUGGCGGCUGUCGGACGGAGCGCCAGGCCCAGGCCCAGCACUGGACCUGUGUGUCAACCACCCAUCUGAGCUGUUGGUGGUUGUGGGCGGGCUGUCAGUGGGUCACAGCCAGGUGCUGGAGGGACUGCCACUAAGCCGGGGGCUGGCUGUGCGCAGCCGCCUGGGCCCCACCAAAGCCCUGUUGCUGUCGGGCAGCCUGGCACCGGCCCUGAGCGAGCCCGGCCUCACCCUGCGGCCCAGCUCAGCUGCCGCACUGGCCGAGGCCCGCCUCUGGGUAGCCAGCCGGCUGGAGCAGGACAUGGCCCGGCUGCGGGAGCUGGACAUCGGCCUGCUGCUUUCGGGACCCCGGCAGCCAGACUGCGUGCUGGAGGCGGCUGAGGCCAGCAGCCUGGCUGUUGUUCACAGGCUGCCAGAUGAUGAGCUAGCUUUGCUGGGGAGGCUGACAGGCACACAGCCUGUGUCACAGGUGGCUGAGGCCCAGGUGGCCGACACUUUGCAAACCUGCUUCGUGCAGCCUCUGGGUGCCGGACCCGGCCCGCAGCUGCUGCUGGGCUUGGCUGGAUGCCGUGACCUGAAGCCCCAUUGCCUCCGCCUCUGUGCCCCAAUCCUUGGCCUGGCCCAGCAGCACCGCAGUGCCAUUGCCGGCGCCUACCAGCUGCUGACACUUCUGCUGCCCGAGGGGGGGGACCUGUGGUGGGAUGGGUCCAAGGUGGGUGAUCCAGGCAGGGAGGCAGCUGAGACAGGGGACCCAGAGACCUCAGGGUGGGAGGAACCAGACCGGGAGGGACUAGACCCAGGGAUCCUAAGCUGGAAGGGACCAGGCCCUGGGAAGGGCAGUAAGAGUCCAGACCUAGACAACCCAGGCAGGAAGAGAAACAUGGGGUUGAAGGGACCUAACCCAGGAAGCAGGAGGGAAGUCUUCAAGGCUGGGAGCCCAAGACCGAAAGGUGAGCGAUCCAGCCCAGAGGCCCGGUGGAGGGAAAGGGAGGGAAUCAAGGCAGAGGAUGCAGAGAACAGGAUGAACAGACCUGGCACAGGGUCCUCAGGAUGGGAGGGACCCUUUCCUGGAACCCUAGAAAGGAAGAGUGAGGGACAGAAUCCAGUGGGGGGCAGGGAACCUGACCUAAUGGUCCCAGGAAGGGAGAGUGAGAACGCUGACCCAUGGGCGCUGUGGAGGGAGGGACCUGACUUGGGAGGCGGGACGGUGGGACCCAAUCCUGGGGUCCCUGGGAAAGGGAGGGGGGUUCCCUUCCCAGAAACUGCAGAAUUGGAGAGGGAGGGAGAUGAGCUGGAGAACCCAGGGUGGGAGAAGGAGGGAGUCAGUGCUGACGUUUCAGGAAAGAGGAGGGAGCGAGUCAAACCAGACCCUCCAGGAUGGUGGCGGAAAGGAGAUGAUCCAGAGACCCCAGGGACAGGGAGCAAGGGAUCCAAUGCUGGGGUCUCAAGGAGACAGAGGGAGAGCCAAUGUUCCUGUGACCCGGGGAAAACAGAAGCUCAAAACAAGGGCAAGAAUAGCCUCAGCAUUGAGCGAGCACAGAGCGAGCCCUCCAGAGCUGUCCCCCGUCCCCCCACCCCUACACUCUCCCCCGAGCUCCAGGAUCCAAGUGAAUGGCAGCUGCCAGCCGGCUGUGUGCUGCCCCCAGGUGGGGCAUUUGAGUUCCUGCUACACCACCACCUCCAGCAGGAGUGUGCCCGGCAGCUCCAGCCCACCGUGGGGCUAGCUUGCCAGGUGCUGGCGCAGGCCCUGCUGAACAUCCCCCUGCACCUCUACCGAGGCCCCAGCCCCGGCAGGGAACUCCUACAGGCCCAUGCCAAAUUCCUGCAGCAGCUCCGGGAGGGGCAUGUGAUGCCGGGGCAUCGGGGGUCGCUGGAGGUGGUGGCAGCCAAGGGGCAGCUGGUGAGCUCCACCCUGCAGUGCCUGAGGAGCCUGCUAAAGGUGGACAGGGCCGUGGCGGUGCGCGGCAGGCUGGGCAGCGGGGGGAGGGCAGAAGGCGAGGACAAGGAGUGAACGGGAACACCAGCCGCCAAGGGACAGCUUCCCAGUCAGAGGUGACUGACACUUGAACCACAGCUUACUGUGAGCAAGGGUUCCAAUUCGAGCCCUGCAGGACCACACCGGACACCACAGGCCAGCAGAGCCC